GCCGGAACCCUACCGCACUCUUCCAUCGAUCGAAACCUAGACUAGACGUGGAGCAGAGCAGAGCAGGGAUGGAAGCCUACAAGUUCGGCUUCGGCCUCGGCAUGCCGCCGGCGUUCAAGUUCGAUCCCACCGACGGCGACAUCGUCGCCUACUACCUCCUCCCGCGCGCGCUCGGCCUCCCCAACCCGCACGCGCACGCCAUCAUCGAAGAAGACCCCGGGAGCGCUCCGCCGUGGGAGCUCCUCCGGAGGCACGGCGGCGACGGCGGGAUCGAGCACGCCUUCUUCUUCGGCCCCCCCACGGACGGCGGCCGCAGGAGGCGCACCGUCAAGGGCGGCGGCGUGUGGCAGGGGCAGAAGUUGAACGAGGGCACCGUCACCAUGCUCGGCCCCGGCGGCGCCGAGUUGGACAUCGCUUACAAGCGGUACGACCUCACCUUCAAGCUCAAGGCCGGCCGCGGUAGCGUCAGCACGGGGUAUGUCAUGCACGAGUACGAGAUCACAUCGCCGCCGCUCCCCGGCAAGGUGCUCACCCGCGUCAACAUCAGCAGUAACGCCAAGAAGGAAAAGGCACCGGGCGCGGCCACCGCCGACGCCGACCAGCAGGUUAUGGUCCCGGACCCUGAGCUGCCGGGCACGAGCUACUACGACCACGAUGCCGCCGCGAUGGCGAGCAUCGGCGAGGGACUCGGUGACUCGCAAGCUGGUGCUCUGUAUGGCGGCAACGGCGGGGACACGGCAGAUGCCGACUCCUGCUAUACGCCUCUCAACUGUGUCCUCCCGGAUGGCGCCUACAUCGACUACGGCCUCUCGUACACCAACCAGCUUGCCGCGGCGACGACGAGUCACAGCCAGGGAUUCAUCGGCGCUCAAGCUGAUUCCUUCUACGGCUGCGGCAUGGCGGGGACGAACGGCGCCUACUACGACCCCUCACCGUUCGUCCCGGUUGCUAGCCAAGAGGUUGCCCCAUGGCCUAAUAAUCAGCUGGGCCAGAUCCACAGCCACAACCAAUACUACGCCGGAGAUUCCUCCCUGAUGUGCUCCGGCGGCGAGCAACAAGCCGGUGGCGCUCUGUGUGGCUACAACGAUGACGGGGGUGCCAUGAAAACCGUGAGCGCCCACUCGACUGUUUUGCCCUGCAAUGGCGGGGAGGAGAACCGGGACGAGAUCUACGACUACGAAGCCUCUCGGCGACAACGACGGCGACUUCAAUGAGCAGAGCUACGCCGGCGAUGCGGCCACCGAUGGAGAGUGAACAAGUCGAUCGAAGCAAUACAUCUAGGAACUAGGAUAUGGGAUAGCGUAUCAUACUACCAUACCAUGUCAUGUGCUUGUGCCGAUGGAUGAUGGUCUACAAUUACGCACCCGGAUUUUUUGAACUCCUUAAUAAUUUUACUACAUAUGCAAAGUUGUCUUCCUGGUUGAAAUUUAUUUUUUCUACUUAUUACAGACUUCAAAUGUUUUCCUCGUGAUUGAACCAAACGGUGGCUGCCAUGUAGUAC